CGCACCAGAAACUUUUCCAGGAUAGACAACAGAGAGCUGCACUGUGCUUGGAGAAACUUUUCCACUGUGCUUGCGAGGUUGAAGGCAACUGAUUAUCGCGAACGGUUGUCUUUGUAUGGUUUUAAUUGGAGAUAUUUGAGAUGGACCUCACCAAUCUUACAACUGACUUCUUGCCUAGAACCCUCAACCCAUCUUCACCUUACCUCCUAUGUUCUUCUAUUACACCUUUCCCCAACUCCACAAACCUCAAAUUCCAACCGCACAAACGCUUUGCCGUUGUCUCGUUCUCGCGAAACCCUAAUAAACAAGUUAGUAAGUUCCCUAUUUCACUAUGCCCUACUCAAGAUAAUGCCUGCAGGAGAGACCUCCGGUCUUAUGCGGGCCGUAGCAAGAAGAAGCCUGGUGGUGGUUCUGGUCGAAUUGAAGGCAAUGCUGAGUUCCGAAGAAAGAUAAAGCGCAAUGCCAGGAUCAAAAGCAAGAAGUAUGCUGAGUCUUUAUUCUACCGGCUCAAAAACCCGAGGGGAGGUGGGAAUCAUGCUGAUAACUUCUCUGAGGAUUUGCUUCAACAAAUUGGGCUUGGGUAUGAUCGAAUGGUCCGGUUCAUGGAGAAGGAUGAUCCAAAUAUACGCCAUCCGAAUGAUUGGUAUAAGUAUGGCGAGUACGGACCCUACUCUUGGCGUGGAGUUGUUAUUGGGGAUCCGGUUCGCGGCAGGAUAACAGAUGAGUGUGUGACGAUAAUCAGUGAAGUGAAGGAUCAUGAGGAGUGGGAGGAGAUUGAGCAGGGUGAAAUGGAACAAGAUUAUGGGGAAAAAGUGAAGAAGCUGGAUCAAAGUAAAUUAAGGUAUUUUUGGGUAUUCAUAAGGCACCCGAAAUGGAGAAUCUCGGAACUUCCUUGGCAGCAAUGGACAUUGGUUAGUGAAGUAGUGCUUGAAGCUGGUAAACAGAGAUUAGAUAAGUGGAGUUUGAUGGGUAGACUUGGGAACACGGCCAGGUCAUUGAUAGGGAAAUGUGCAGCUUGGAUGAGACCUGAUAUUAUAUAUGUGAAGAAGCCAGUUUUCCAGUGCAGGUUUGAGCCACAAGAUAACUUUUUUAGGGCAAUAGUUCCAUUUCUUGAUCCUAGCACAGAAGAUAAUUAUCUUUUUGAGUUACAAAAUGAUGAUGGUACUGUUGAGACAUGUACUUAUUAUGGUGGAUUGUGUAAGAUUGUGAAAGUGAAUCAAAAGGCAUUUGUUGAUGAUGUGGUUAAUGCAUACCAAAAAUUGAGUGAUGAGAAAAAGUCGAAAUGUUUGGAGUUUCUGUUGACCAAUCAUCCAGUGCCACUGUUACAUCCAUAUACUAAAGAGUGGAAGGCUAAGUUGGAAGAGAUGGAGCUGGGUUGUGAUGCCCCUGAUGAAGAUGCUGAUGAUAUGGUUGGUGAUCCUGAGGAAACUGAGAUUCUAGAUUGGAUUGAGGAUGAAGGUAACGAUGAUGAUGAGGAGGAGAAUGAGGAGGAUGAGGAGGAGGAGGAGAUUGAUGAUGAUGAAGACGAAGAUGUUGUUAUGGACAUGGAAGAAAAUGAAGAUGGUAAAUUUCAUGCCAUGAAAGAGGAUACUCCUAUAGAAGAAGAUUUGAAGGACUUGAAGAAGGAGUUUCAAAACGCAACAAGUGGUGCAGACGCAAUGGAAAAUUGGGCAAGGAGGAGUCUUGAGAUCUCUAACAAAUAUUAUAAGAGUCAAAUGAUGACGAAGGAAGCAGAGCAACAAACAGCGCAUUCAGUUGAUGAUGGAGAUGAAACCGCCAUGAGAGGAAAGCGAGCAAAGGUUAGUCCAGAUGAGUGGAAUAUUGCCGGGAUUGGCCCAUGGAGGAAAAAGAUCAAGAGGAGCAAAAUUCCUCCAGAGCUAUUUUUGAGAGCAGUUGUUAGACCAUUCACUUACAGAAAUCUUGUUAAAGAGAUUGUUUUAACUAGGCAUGCAAUUUUGGACGGUGAUAUUGGUAGCAGCAAAGGUUAAAGGCCUUUCACAUGGAGGCUAUAGUUGUUAUCAAGUCUUCAUAUGGUUUAGUGGUGUUCAGUUCCCAUCAUGCUGUCACACAUUUGAGAAAAUAUAGAGUGGACUGAAAAAAUUUCAGUGACUUUUGUGUAAGGAUUAUUUUAUGCUUGCCUAGUUUCUGAAAAUGAUAUAGUGCACUUAUAACAGUAUGCGGCAUAAAUUUAUUUGUAGCAUGUUUGGUUCCACUUGUCUUUCAUCGGAAUCAAUUCUGAAACGUAGAAGCUUCUACCCAAAAUUGAUUAUGGUUUCAGAAUCAUAGUAGAAGAGUUCUCUUUGUA